UAUCUGCAAUGCAGAAUUCGAGUCCAAUAAUUUUGAAAUCGAGAUGUUCACGAUCUCAUACACCGAACUCACUUUCCCUUAAUUAAGCAAAAUGCCUCGAGCCAAAAGAUCGAAGCAAUAUCGGAAGCUCAUGGAGCAAUUCUCCAUGAGCUUCGGGUUUCGAGUACCGUAUCAAGUCAUUGUAGACGCCGACUUUAUUGCAGAAGCAAACAAAUGCAAGAUGGAUGUGAUGCGCCGGUUAGAAGACACUCUACACGGCGAAGUCAAACCUAUGAUUACUCAAUGUUCAAUGCGACAUCUUUAUGGACGGAAAUCAGAACCUGGUGUGGAAGCAGCCAUAGAACAAGCAAAGAAUCAUUUCGAGCGACGACGAUGCGGUCACCAUCCGGACGAUUACCCAGAGCCACUAAGCACACUUGAAUGCCUACAAUCUGUUGUCGAUCCGAAAAACAAUGGAGUGAACAAGCACCGCUACGUUUGCGCCAUCAAUGAUGAUACUGUCAGGGCAAAGCUACGACAAGUAGCAGGGACGCCGAUGAUAUUCAUUAGGAGAUCCGUUAUGAUUAUGGAGCCAAUGGCAACAGUCAGCGUGAAGAUAAGAUCUAAAGACGAAAAGAGCAAGUUCAGGGCGGAGCUCAAGACACCUGCUAGCAAAAGGAAGAGAGAGGACGAUAGUGAUCAAGAGGAAGAUGUGAAACAAGCUGGACCAAGACCAGCAGAGGCGGACAAAUCCGGAAAGAAGAAAAAGAAGGCUCCGGGUCAUAAGGAACCUAAUCCCUUAGCCGUCAAGAAGAAGAAAUCGAAGCCUACCGGAAACUCAGAUAACCAACAUUCGAAAGAGUCAAAGCCCGAGGAAGCAGUCAUAACAGAGGCAGAUCAGACAGAAGCACCGAAGCGGAAGCGUAUACGAAAGCACAAGAGUAAAGGUAUUUCUACGAACGAUGAGACAACCACUGUGUCCGGCAAUGGUGAGGCGCAUGUAGUAGAGGCAGAAGAUUGAGAGCUGGAAGUCAUCCAUCCAAACAGACCUAGCAUAUAGCGGGUGGUUUCUCAGCGUGCAAUUAUGAGGCUAUUGCACUCUCUCUAUAUUGUGUAUUUUACUGGCGUUUGAUACCACAAUUUUAAGUUUGCUUUCGCAUAUGAAAUAGCAUUCGGACAUCAUAGAAUCAUAGAUGGGCAAUUAUCACGUUGACUGCCCGAUUUAAGAAAAUUAAAUUCUUGAAAUUUGAUAUUCAAGGCCUAUCCUAUGUACAUAGCAUAAGCAGCAUGAGGUACCUUGAAUAAUAAUCUUUAACUGCA